GUCUUCUGCUCCAGCUCUCUAACAGCAGGUUUUAUUGCAGGUUUUAGCAUGUGAUCUUCUCCUGCUGGUGGAUGAAUCAUGGAGGGAAACAGCGGCACCGUCUUCGUCACUGUUCAGAAGUUCUACUACCCGUUCCUCUGCGUCAUGGGGAUCCCAGCUAACCUCUUCACCUUCUACAUGAUCUGCUUCCGUAAAUGUGGGAUGUCCGACACGGCCAUCAUCUACCUGAGCUGUCUGGCCAUUGUGGACACCUUCUACCUGGUGUGGGUGAUCCUUAUUGACCUGACCCUGACCUUCUGGAUCCUGCAGCCCUUCUGGCACUCCAACCCCUGGUGUGGGAUCCUGGGGUUCCUGCAGUACGGCUCUCUCUACAGCUCCUCCUGGAUCGUGGUGGUGUUCACCAUCGAGCGGUACCUGGUUCUCCGCAGCACCGCGGCCAAGCAGCACUUCUCCCAGCCCUGGGUCACCAAACUCAACUGUUUGGCCAUCAUCUUGGUGUCCCAUCUCGUCUCUGUGCCGCUGGGCUGGAUCAACAUCGUCACACCUGUCAACAUCACGGUGGACGGGGAGAACGUCACGCUGCCCAGGUGUCGCUACCGCAACAAGGCCUACUCUACCGUCAUAGUGUGGAUCACUACGUUCCUCUCGGGGGGGAUCCCUAUCGUGUUGGUCAUCAUCUUCAACUAUCUCAUUGGGUAUCAUCUGUGCCGUGCCAGCAAGCUCUUCACCAAGGAGGAGCGCCGCGUGAUGCACGGGCGGAGCAGCCGGGGCAUGUUGAGGAGGACCAUCCUCCUGCUGGGAACCAUCUCCGUCACCUUCGUCUACCUCAGCUUGCCCCGUUUCGUCACUUACUGCAUCCUGAGGACCAAGUACAACACGGAGAACUUCAACAGGAACGACUACACCAUCCCCAUCAACGUGGCCGGAGACUUGGCCAACAUGCUGCAGAACCUCAACUCCACCACCAACUUCCUGCUCUACUGCGUGGUGAGCCGGCGCUUCCGCAGGGAGCUGGUCCAGGUGGUGACCUGUAAGGCCAGAGCUCGUGAGCUGGGCUCGGUCCUCACCCAGACCACCAUGAAAGUCUUUUCAGUGGCGGAUCAUAAGGCCUCGCCGUCCAGCAGCCCGGUGACUGUGGUGCUGACCAAUCUCAAACAGACUGAGUAAAAAGGACGUGGAAGAUGGACAAACAUCAGAUUUUCAAAACAAUCAUCAACAAUCAAACUGUCCAUUCUUGACCUUGAAAAUUGUACUUUGAGAAAAUAACAUUCAUAGGGUGACCAUAUUUUGAUUUCCAAAAAAGAGGACAAUCGGCACGGCCUCGAGACACAAAUUCAGACAGGCUUCUCGGAGGUUGAUGAACAUGCUUUAUUAUGCUUCAAUGGUGCAAAAUUAACUUCUGUAAUAAAAUAAAAUGAAAUCUGUAAAAACUUGUAACAAAAUAAUAGCUCUCGUAGACUCUUUUCAAAUAAAUGAAUAAAUAAUAUGAAAUAAUGUUCUAAAUAUGAACUUUUCUGUUAGAAAAUCUAGCUUCAACAAUAUAUCUCUUAAUAACUGCAAUAA